AAUUUACCAAUUAGUCAGGUACAUGUCAAGUAACUGAACCUUGUCGAAAAACGACAUGAGGUUUCAAAACGACAGGUUAUGUUCUUUUCAAAAUUGAAAACACGUGCUAAAGGUUUAUGGUUUGGGUAUGAUUUCAUUUAUGACGAAAGACGGGGAACGAAUUAUUUCUAAUGGGAAAAGCACGAUUAAAUGCCGUUCCAGGACGAAAUACGACACGAAGCUUUCAGAUAAAAUUUCACCUGAAGCGCUCAAAGCCAGUGAACCUAUAAAAUUGAUUAGAAAGACCACUGCAAAAAGACUGGCCAAGGAGAAGGUUUUAAAAAGGAUGGAGUUACAUGUUGAUCAAGAAAUUUCACCCAAUAGGGUCCAUCCUAAAAAAGUUGGUUUUGUCGGUGUUCAACCUUCGACUGAAAAUACUACAAGGCAGAAAAAGGCAUUGAGAAACAGGUCAGGAAGGGUGAUGAAAAAACAUACGCUGGCGAGUGAGAGGAAAAGGUCAGAUAAGAAAUCGACACGGCUUGUAUCUAGUAGAGCAGCCAAUUUGGCACAGGUAAAGAAAAAAAAGAUGAAAGUUGAAGAAAAUAAACAGGCUAAAACCUCUGAGCCCUCAGCAAGUAAAAAUCUACCUAAAUUUAGGAAAAAUAUUUCAAGAUUAAAUCAAAAAAGCUCAUCAGUUUCAUCUUCAAAAAGCCGAAAAAGCAUAAGUUCUAAGAAAUUUUUAAGAGAACCUAGAGGAGUUGUGUAUUUCUCACAUUUGCCUCAUGGGUUUUAUGAAGAACAAUUGAAAAAAUAUUGCCAGCAAUUUGGUGCUGUGACAGGCGUGUAUCUUCCAAAGAGUAAGAUUGGUAACUACCGAGGGUACGGAUUCGUGGAAUUCAAGCAUCCUGAAGUGGCUGAAAUUGUAGCAGAUACGAUGAACAAUUACCUCAUGUUCAACAGGCUCAUAAAAGCAAAAUACAUUCCACCUGACCAGCAAAAGCCCUGGGCUUUUGAAAGGCCAUUACAAUCGGCAGCCGAGCUGAGGGCAAAGGCACGUGAAGGCGUGCUCAACAGGACGAAAGAACUUACAAAGGAACAAUUAGAGCGUUUUCAGAGUAGGUUGGAUAACAGAGUGAACUCUUAUCGUGAAAAGAUUAAGCAGAACAACUGGGGCUAUGAUAUCCAGGUUGGAUUUGACACUCCUUGAGGCUUUCUUUUAUAAAUAUAUAACAAAUACAACUUGAUAAUUUGUUGUCAAUACAAUUCUUUCUUUUUUAAACUUUGCACUCAUUUGACAAGGAUGGGAAUGACUUUGUAAAUGAGUUUGUAGAUUUUAUAAAUCUAUAAAUAAAAUUUUUUUAACUACA